GAUGGCGCAUAUUCGACAAAUGAAAACAAGAAAAAAAGAGGAUGGAGCAUCUGUUGAAAGUAAGACGAACAAGAGAAAUGGAGAGGUUGGUGACACUUGACAAAUUACCAACAACCAAAACAAGCCCAAAGCUACUCCGACAUCUGUAGUUGUGUGCCGUCGGGCGGUGGUAGGUAAAUAACAUUUAAAAGCAUGUGGAAGCUCCAUUGUUUGACAUCUCUCUCUUCUUUAUUCUAAGACCAAGAGCCACCUAACUUCUACUUCAACAGCUGCAUAUCCAUUCUACUUUCUCAUCCACCUAAAAUCUUAAUCUUCUUCUUAUUUUGGCUAUACCCAUUCGCCUUUGCCCGGUUUCUUGCCUUGAAAUCAGUUUACUUUACUGAAUCAUUUAGAAGAAUGGCUCAAGAAGUAGUAAACCCAGAAGAGCAGGUUGUUCUUGGAGAAGAAAUUGGUAAUGUGAGGUUGAUCACAUUGAACAGGCCGCGUCAGCUGAAUGUUAUUUCAUCCAAAGUGGUUUCUCUGCUGGCAGAUUUUUUGAAGAAAUGGGAGAAAGACGACAAUGCAAAGCUUAUAUUAAUUAAGGGUGCUGGUCGAGCAUUUUCUGCUGGUGGGGAUCUAAAAAUGUUUUAUGAUGGGAGGACGUCAAAGGAUUCUUGCCUUGAAGUAGUCUACAGAAUGUACUGGCUUUGUUAUCACAUCCACACUUACAUGAAAACCCAGGUUGCUCUUGUCCAUGGAAUUUCAAUGGGAGGCGGUGCAGCUUUUAUGGUGCCGAUGAAAUUUUCAGUUGUCACAGAGAAAACUGUUUUUGCAACUCCAGAAGCAAGUAUUGGCUUUCAUACUGAUUGCAGUUUCUCAUACAUUCUUUCCCAUCUCCCUGGGCAUCUAGGGGAAUUUUUAGCUUUAACUGGAGCAAGACUGAAUGGCAAGGAAUUGGUUGUUGCUGGCCUAGCAACCCACUUUGUCCCUUCUGAGAAAUUGCCUGAGCUAGAGAACCGUUUGAUAAGCUUGAACUCUGGUGAUGAGAGUGCAGUCAAAUCUGCCAUUGAAGAAUUCUCUGUGGAUGUUCAGCUUGAUGAAGAAAGUAUUUUAAACAAGCUGUCCGUAAUUGACGAGUGUUUUUCCAAGGAUACUUUGGUAGACAUCAUUAAAUCAUUUGAAACUGAGGCAACUAAAGAAGGAAAUGGAUGGAUCAGAGCAAUACUGAAGGGGUUGAAAAGAUCUUCUCCUACAGGAUUGCAAAUCACACUCAGAUCGAUUCGCGAAGGACGGAAACAAACAUUGGCUGAAUGUCUGAAGAAAGAAUUCAGACUAACAAUGAACAUACUUCGGACUGUAAUAUCUGCAGAUGUCUAUGAGGGCAUUAGAGCUCUCACCAUUGACAAGGAUAAUGCUCCCAAGUGGGACCCACCAACUUUGGACGAAGUGGAUGAUCAAAAGGUGGACCUCGUAUUUCAGCCAUUCGAGGAGGAUUUGGAGCUCCAGAUUCCUGGACAAGAAAACUCCAGGUGGAGUGGGAAAUACGAGAAUUCACCAUAUGCAGCUUUGAAGGUGACAGAAAAAAAAUCACAAACAAAUGGCUGUUGAAAAUAAAUUCUAAACUCUGAGAAUGUGGAUUAUUUCAGGCAAUCUAUUAAUGUAUGUCUGCUCUAUGUUUCCUCUUGUAAUAAUAUAUUAAUAAGUUUGAUGUUUAUGAUGAUGAGAUGGAUUUGCUAUUUUCUCGUGUAUGUAUGAUGAACAGAUAUUGGCUUUGUAUGAGAAUUUUUAAAUUAUAUAUUUUAGUUGAUUUUAUAAAA